AAUUGGGGCUAUCAAGUGGGCCACGUUGUUGAUCUGCACGUGACUGCAAACUCUGUUCUUAGUUUCACUUCGGUAGUAUCUUGA